AGUAAAGCCGAGCCAUGCUGCCCGGGGUCGGUGUGUUCGGCACCAGCCUGACCGCCAGAGUGAUCAUCCCGCUGCUGAAGAACGAGGGCUUCGCCGUCAAGGCGCUGUGGGGCCGGACGCAGGAGGAGGCGGAGGAGCUGGCCAAGGAGAUGAACGUGCCCUUCUACACCAACCGGAUCGACGACGUGCUGCUGCACCAGGACGUGGACCUGGUGUGCAUCAACCUGCCGCCGCCGCUGACCAGACAGAUCGCCGUGAAAACACUGGGUAUUGGAAAGAACGUCAUCUGCGACAGGACCGCCACGCCUCUGGAUGCCUUCAGAAUGAUGUCAGCUGCCCAGUACUACCCCAAGUUAUUGAGCAUCAUGGGAAAUGUUCUGCGUUUCUUGCCAGCCUUCGUCCGGUUGAAGGAACUCUUGGAAGAAGGGUACAUUGGGGAGCUUCUGGUCUGUGAGGCCCAGGUCCACAGUGGUAGUCUCCUGGGGAAGAAAUACAACUGGAGCUGCGAUGAUCUGAUGGGAGGUGGUGGCCUGCACUCAGUGGGCAGCUACAUCAUCGACCUGCUUACAUUUCUGACAGGCCAGCGCGCGGCCAAAGUCCACGGCUUCCUAAAAACCUUUGUCAAGCAGACGGACCACAUCCAGGGCAUCCGUCAGAUCACCAGCGAUGACUUCUGCACAUUCCAGAUGGUGCUGGAGGGAGGCGCCUGCUGUACAGUCACGCUCAACUUCAACGUGCCCGGAGAAUUCCGUCAGGAGGUAAUCGUCGUGGGUACAGUCGGGCGGUUAACGGUCACAGGGACCGACCUGUACGGACAGAAGAACAGCGUGGGCGAAGGGAGCGGUAGUGGCCCCGAGCUGCUGCUCAAAGACACCACGCCUCUUGAGAAGGCUUCUUUGCCGGAGAAGGCCUUCAGUGAUAUUCCCUCACCAUAUCUCACCGGGACGAUCCGCAUGAUCCAGGCCGUGCGGCAGGCCUUUCACGACCAGGACGACCGGCGGACGUGGGAUGGGAGGCCUCUGACAAUGGCUGCCACCUUUGAGGACUGCCUGUAUGCCCUUUGUGUGGUGGACACCAUCAAGAAAUCCAACCAGACUGGAGAGUGGCAGAACAUUGAGGUGAUGACGGAAGAACCAGAGGUCAGCCCCGCAUAUUUAAUCAGCGAAGCAAUGCGGCGGAGCAGGAUGUCUCUCUACUGUUAGCAUCUAGCUGAUGUGCUAAUGUAGUAAAGGUGGCUGACCGCCUGUGUUAUACUGUGUUAUCUUAGAAACUGGAGGUGGUGCUAGAAGGGCCUUGAUAUUGUUGGAACCUUUUUCAUACAGCUCGCGGAGUAUUUUUUUUUUUUUUUUUAAGACUGUCAUGUCUGUAUUGUUGCUGUUACAGACCCAGAGGUUACACCACUAUUACACAGAGAGUUAUGGCUUCCUGUCACCUUGCCUCUGCAGGAGAGGAAAAAGCAAUGUGAUUAGCAAUUAAACCUUAUUUAUGAGGAAGUCUUUCCUGUUCCUUUUGACGGACAACUUGUGCCCUUUAAGAGGGGGGGGGGGAUGCACCUGUAAAUCAAGCUGAUCCAUGCAACAGAAAGACGAGAUACAGUCCCACAGCGGAGGCAGAUGUGGGAGUGGAACUAAACCUUCUGUGUUCCGCUUGACCGUGAGGGUAUUGCACCUCUCGUCUCUGCCCCUCCUCCGUGUGUAUGUGUCUGGAAGUCAACACCUUUCACUGUGGGUCCGAAUGAGGACAGCCGAGGAAGAACGACAUUCCGCUCUGUUGAAACUUUACUGCUUUAUUGUUGCUAUAAAUCUGAAAAACUUGCUAGUUUUACCAAGUGAAUGUUUAAAAAAACAAAACAACAACUGUGUGCUUGAUAGCUUCGGUCUCUGUCUGCCCUGUGUGCUUCCACAAUAUGUGUGAAACAGGAGGAAAAAAAAUCAAUGGUUUGGCUGGUGGGAUGUCAGAGGGGUUGACCUUCUGGUUCACGUAUGCAAUAUGUUCAGGCUGAAGUCGGCAGCAGACAUACUUUUAUCUUCCUGCCUGGAGUCAAGGGCCAGGACGCUUUAUGCAGUUACAGUAGCCUGUGCAUCAGUUUGCGAGUCCUGUAUGGGUGGCCAAAGGUUUAUACCAUGCUUUCGCUGUCGUCUUAAAGCAUAGCCAUCAAAUACACUAACAUCUGUGAGACCUGUUGGAUCAUAAUAGUCUGUACUGAGUCUUAAGUGUGGGUAAUGAUAAGGUCUUGCACUAAGUUGCGAGUCAAUACUAAGUUGCGAGUCGAUACCCCCCCCCCCCCCCCCCCCCCAGCUAUGUGGGGGGGGGGGGGUAUCUGCAUAUUGCAAUACAGUGGGUCACUGCUGCUGGAAGCUAAUGUCAUUAUAUGACAGGCUUAUUAGGCCUCUUCAACAUGCACAGUGACACGCAAACUUGUCAGUGUGCAGUGUCCGCAGGGUUAGAUCGUGGAGAGUUUAAAUGUUAAGACAAUGUCAGAAGAUCCCAUGAAAAAGCAAGUUACUCAGUUUCUCAGUACUUUCUGACUUCACUCUAUAAGCCUGUUGGUUUUUAGAUGAUCCCUAGAGCUGCACUAAUCAGUAUUUUUUAAAUAACAAUGGGUCAAAUGACUAAUGCUAUGUGAAAGGCGUUGCUAGAGAAACCAACCGGAGGUUAUCCCUUGACUAUGCAGUUACCCUCAGCCUAAAGUAGCAUUUUAACAUUAUUUGAGAAAUUGUAUUAUGAUCUUUAACUUAAGAGCCUCAUUUCCAGUAUUAAGUUGUCUAAUACAGACACUUGCAGUUUAAGGUCGGUGUUCAGCUCAGAAACCCCACUGACACCCACACACAUCUGGGUUUUGUCGGCGGUGGGAAUGCAUCAGCUCUGAGUCAUAGGUCACAUGACUCUGCAGUACACACAGUUUUUUAUCAGCUCUGUGUGAAAGUGAUGGAAAGGUAACACCCAGGUGAAUGGGAGAAUUUGUCACAACAGUUAUGGUGCUUGACGUUGCACAUGAAAAAAAAAAAAAGCCAGGCCUUUUUGUAGCGGGUUUACCCACAUUUAAAUUAACAAAAGACUUAUUCCCGCUAAUUAUGGUGUUAAAGAGGUAUCACAUAGGAUUGACUCAAAUAUUGUAGCUCUAUGGCACAGAUGAAACAGAUCCGGUUCUGCCUCCAUCAAGAGUAAAGGAUCAAUUUGUUGUUGUUUAUUUGUCUUUUCAUGGGCUUUUUUGACAAUAAGUAGAUAUACAAGGACCAAUACCACAUUUAUCCUUCUACCACUCAGAGGCAAAGCAAAGUUUAGAACAAAAUGUAUUGUAGCAGGUAUCAGGAUAUUGUGUGAAAUGAAUGGUGGGAUCAUUCAUCAGUUGCUGAAAAUCCAACAUCUCAUUCUGUUAGCUGUAAGAAAGUAUUUGUAAAUUACAUUUGGCUUGAGGUUUGGUCUCACUCCAUACAGGCGAACGAAUAACACUGACCUACAAAAGCCAAAAGAUUGAUUUUUUGUUUAUGCAUCUCUGUCCCUAUGUGCGGCUUCAAGCUCUUUAAGCUGUGCUGAAAUACUAUCUAUGUAACGACUACUGAAAAUGAACAUGUGAAAAUAUUAUGAAACAAUAUGUGUGUGUCUUAAGAAAUAAAACAAGUACUGUAUGUAUUUUAUUUUGUAAAAACCAAGGAACUGGAAGCUGUAUUCAAUCAGUGUUAAGAUAUUUAUUCUUUUUUUUUUGCUGUUGUGUAUUUAGCAGACUGAGGCUUCUUAGUUUCCCCCAUUUAUGAAUUAUUUACCAAAAUCCUCUUCAAAACACAAGAAGCUUGUUUGAAUUUCAGACCAGUGACGUGUCCAUAAUCAUCCCAGUCGUAAUCCAGCCUCACCACACUGUCCUCCAGUGCCCUCUCUGUGAUAAGAAAAGUCUGUGGUUGUAGCUGUUUGGAGGUCAGAGGAUCUAACAGCAGCGUUUGACCCAUUUUAUUCUUUGUGGUUUGAUCCGAUGUGUCACAUGAGGUGAGGGCACAUUACAGUUCAUGCUGUGGUGGGGUUGGCCACACACAACACUAGUGUAGGCCGAUGAUUCAGGGAGAAAAGAAGAAAACAGCGUCGAUAACCGGUCUGUUGGAAAAAGCUCUGAGUCCAACACUGAUAAGCUAUCUCUCUUUAAGAUUGCUCAAGUUAUUUUAUUGACCCUUGUGCACCGAGCACCUUAUCAAAUCUGCAUAUAGACUUUCCCCCUUUGUCCGAUAACAAGGCUCAAAAUAUAUGUAUGCCUGAUUUAGACUUACUAAAAACAAAUAUCUAGAGGAAUUUCAGGGUUUACUUCAUCUUUCUUCUUAUUAUUAUUAUUUUCAUGACUAUUCUGUCUUAAUCAGGAUGGAGGCUUCGGAGUGAGGAGGUAAACAACUAUGUCAUGAUUUAACUUGCAGCCUCGGUCAGGCGUGACUAAGCAGACACUGGAUAGUCAGGCUGUGUAGGAAAUAUACAGAAUAAAUUAUUUAACAUUAUGGCUCUAAUAUUCAGGCAUCAUAUGUUUUCUCUGCCCCAUGAAACCUGUAAACACUUUAUUACUUUCUGCUUUAUGGUUCUGUGCUCCUUGGAUGUUUGGCCUGUGCUGUCUGAUUUGGAGGUGAAUGAUUUCCUUUAACUAGAGACAACAAAAUAUUCAAUCAGACGUUAGACAGGCAGUUGAACCAAAUCUCUUUCAGAAGCUGGUUUUACUAUAAAUAAAUAGUCUUCUUACACUGGGGAAAGAUCAUACCAUUGUUAGUUAUAGGGUUACACUCAACAAAUUGAAAGUUAACCCUUUAUUGCGUGGAUUUGUACUUAAACAAGUACAUUUUAGUUUGGGCUUUUAUUCCCUGAAGGUGCUUAAUUAAUGGAAAUAGAUUAAUUCAAAAGUGUUGCUGUUCUGCAACAAUGCCCAAAUGAUGGAAAUAACCAUAAUACUGAAAAGUACCAGAUGUUUUCUUUUCUUUUUGAACUUGGUAAAUCCAGGUUAUGUUUAGUCAAAUGCAGUACCCAAUAUUUCUUUAUUAGUUCCAAUUGUUAUUUGGACUGUUUGGUGAUAUGGACAUUGCAUACAAUGUAAUAUGACACACGUGACAUGAUUUUCCUGUGCAAAAACAAUUUCAUUUCUUUAUCAACAUUGAUUCCAUAUUGCCGCUUUUCAGUAAAAUUGAAAUAAAGGUAUUUUUUUCCAACA